AUGAGACCAUUACCUCCACGAACCCUACAAUUGUCCCGUGUUCGACCUGUUGUCCUAUCCUCCACAUUUGGACGAAAUAUCCGAGCUUUUCAUGCCACACGGUCGUCUCCAUUAAUUGCGGAGGUUCUUUCCGCUUCGACUGGCUUUCUUCACUACGUACACGAUAUCUCUGGCCUGACAUGGGCGACUUCAAUACCUUUGACCGCUGUUAUCGUUCGCUCCUUGGUCGCCUUUCCUCUCCAAAUCUACUCACGGAAACGUGCUCGACGACAAGGAGAUAUACUUCCGCUAGUUGUGUCCUAUAGAAAAUAUUACGAAAAGGUGAUGAAAAAUCAAAAGACUACGGACAAGAUUUUCAUGCGGCCAGAUCAAGCAGAACAGAAGUUGCGGCAAACAUUGAAGGUCAAGACCAAUAUGUUAUAUAGCCGCUGGAAUGUGUCCAAAUAUCCACAGUUGAUACCUCUUCUGCAAAUACCUGUUUGGUUGUCUUUGAUGGAGGGCAUUCGUGCUAUGUGUGGUGUUAAUGUUGGGAUUCUUCGUUAUUUGCUACCGAUGCCAAAUAAGGAUGACGGAGGACCUGCUCUGCCUGGAACUGAACCAACCUUGGCCAGCGAAGGCGCCCUUUGGUUCCCAGAUCUUCUUGUCGGAGAUCCAACUGGUAUACUUCCCGUCUUGCUAGGUCUUUCCAUCAUUGGCAAUGUGCAAAGUGGUUGGAAGACCAAGAGUCUGGCCGAAACUUCAGACUUUUCAGAGCGAGAGAUGAUCAUGUCAUUGGCGAGUAAGUCCAUGAAAGUGGCAUUUACUGGACUCGGGAUUUGGAUUGCGGUAUCGGCUUACGCUUCGGGUAUGCCAGCCGGAAUGAUGCUUUAUUGGAUCGCUAGCUCAAAUACUGCUACCCUUCAAUCGCGCUUGCUGGAAAGAUAUAUGUUUGCAAGUAAGCCUCUUGAAUCCUGGACUAAGAAAUAUGUUCGCACUCUCAAGAUCGGGGAGAAACCGCCGCCAAAGAAGUCCUUGUUGCCGUAA